GAGCCGAAGGAAGCCGAGGCCCCCCCAACCACUCGCACUCACCCACCCCGACCAAAAACCCACGACGCCCUAGCUCGCCUCGCCCCGGGGGCCGCCGCGCGUCGUUUGAUGCGAUUUCGGCGGCGAUCACCACCACGCGCUGCUCCUCCUCCGGCGUAGCGUUUGGCCGAUCUCGCGGGGGUGCGCCAUGGCGGGCGGCGGGGGGAGGCCCACCGAGAGGGCGGCGGCGGCGGCGGGGUCGGCGGGGGCGCGAGGGGGGCAGACGGCGAUCCAGUCCACCAUCCAGUCUAUCAAGGAGGUCGUCGGCGGCCACUCCGACGCCGACAUCUACGCCGCCCUCCGCGAGUGCGGCAUGGACCCCAACGAGACCACGCAGAGGCUCCUCAACCAAGAUCCAUUUCAUGAAGUGAAAAGAAAAAGGGACAAGAAAAGAGAGAGUGCAGGCCAGAAAAACAUUGCUGAUGCUUCAGCACAAGUUGAGCACAGUUCACAGUGGACGAAGCCACGCACACAAAGGGUUGAGAAUGACCAAAGAACUUACAGCCAUGGUCAUGCAUCUGGUCCUAAUCGGGAAUUUCGGGUUGUGAGAGACAACAGGCAUGGUGUGGUUGAAAACAGACCAGAGCUAGGAUACAAAGGUUCACCAAAUGUAAAAGUGUCUGAUAGGAGCGUGCCUGUAGUUCAAUCUGGUCGGAACCAUCCUCCAGCUACAACUUCAGAUGGCCAGAUAACGCAAGGUGCAAAGCACAGCUACAACUCUGACAUGCAUCAAGUGAAGAGGCCGGCACAGAGCACUGCUCAGAAGUAUGUGAAGCCACAUUUGAAGAACUCCCAGGAUGAUCAACAACCUCCUAGUUCUGAUGCAGCUAAAACCCGACCAGGUUUGAAAGCUUCUGAAGGUGCUGUUGGUUCCAAUCGGCAUCAUGUUGGAGUGGUUGAUGUGGGGAGGCAGCCUUCUGCCUGUUCAGGUUCUCACUUCCAUGUAUCAAGUGGUGGUUCUCACAUAAAUAAUCAGAGGGGAAAUUUUGUCCCAGGUGGGCCACGUCAUUUUAUGUCUAAAAACAUGCAGCCCAUUCACAGAACUGCUUUAGAUUCAAUACAUCGUGGCAGAUCUGGUGGCAGAUCUUUUGUGGCCUCUAACACCAUCAAAUAUCAGCAGGGUCCUACCAGUAACCAGAAAGCCCUGCAGCCAGCUAAGGAGUGGAAGCCAAAAUCAACAAAGAAGUCUUCCAACACUGAUAUUGAUAACAAUGGAACAGAUGCAAUAACACCUUCGGCUAGCAACGCUGAAAAUUCUAAUGCACUGGAUGAGAAUGUCUUGUGUUCUAAAGUCUCUCAAGCUUGCAUUCAUGAGAUGGAGCAUGUGAUUAUCCCAGAACAUCUCCGUGUACCAGAGUAUGAGCAGACAGGAUUGAGGUUUGGCAGUUUCCCUGCUGGGUCUGGUACAGACCAAGUACCGAUCUCAGAAAGUCCAUCAGAAUCGGAAGAACAAGAACAUGUACAAGAACCAGUUGAACUCGUUCAAGAGGACUCAUUGCAUGCUGGGCAUGAUGAGAUGGAUGAGCAAGCAAGAUCUUCACAACUCAAUUUAUCCACAUCGACAGCUGAGAUUUCCUUGCCACCAUCUGAGGAUAGCAUAGAAAUGAAUGGUGAGGAGGUUGAGAAUGAUGAUGGUCUUGGGUUGGUUCAGAGUGAUACUCCAAUUGGACCUGUUGAUGGCCAAAAUAUGCAGAGCGCCUCAAAUCUGACUGUGUUUUCUACAUAUGGUCAUGAAAACCCUAAUAGGCAUCCAAAUAAUGAGGCACAGUUAUACAAUCUAGUGGAACCUCCACAAGCAAUGGCAUCCCCUUCUCAGGUAAAUUUUCUGGGGUACCCUUCAGAAAAUCCUGAAGCAGAUAAUGCCGUGCAAGUGUUCAGAAUACCAGAAUCUAAUGUACAUUCACAAGUACUCCCUUCCACAUCUGAGGCUCUAAAUUCACAAAUAGUGAGCAGCAGUCCUGUUGCUAUCUCUCAACAACUGCAACAUAUGUCCCAACCACAACAAGCAGCACAAUUAUACCCUCCUCUUCAUAUGCAACAUUAUCCAAAUUUCAUGCCAUACCGUCAUCAUAUAUACUCUCCAUUUUAUGCCCCACCGAUGGCUAUGCCAAACUUUCCAACAAAUAUCCCUUAUCCAUCAAAUGGAAACAAUUAUCUUCAGAUGCCAGGAGGAGGUUCACAUUUGGCAGCAGGUGGCAUGAAGUACGGAGUUUCACAAUAUAAACCUGUUCCAGCUGGCAGCCCUUCUGGUUAUGGAAAUUAUACUCAUCCAGCUGGUUAUCCAAUUAGCUCUCCUGGCAUUAUUGGAGGUAAUGUUGGUGUUGAUGAUGUCAAUAGGAUCAAGUACAAGGAUAACAACCUUUAUGCACCAUCCCCACAGGUGGAGACGUCUGAUAUCUGGAUUCAGACACCCAGGGAGAUGCAGCCUAUGCAGUGCCCCCCAUAUUUCAAUUUAUCCGGUCAAACAACAUCCGGUGCUUUUGUGCCAAAUCCUGGGAAUGCACCAUUCAAUGCUACAGCUCAAUCCUCCCAUGCACAGUUCCCAGGCUUAUACCAUCCACAGCAGCCUUCCUCAAUUGUAAGUCCACAUGCCAUGGUGCAUCAACAAGUGCCAUCAGCAAUUGGUCCCAGUGUUGGAGUAGGUGUGGCUACACCAGCCCCUCAAGUAGGGGCUUAUCAGCAACCCCAGUUGGGUCAUUGGAGACCUGGCUUUUAAAGGUUUAUUAAUUAUCUGUAAUUAGGGGGUCACAAGAGCCUUUAUGUAACAAAAGAGGCUACUUUUAACAGGAAGCACAUUUGUUUUUAGUGCAGCUCUUUCUGAUCUAUUUAAGGUAUAACAGGUUUUUGUUAGCUUUCCCCCAGGUGAAUUCAGUAUGCCAUCUGAACUGGUUUGAUGUAGAUUGUGAGCUGAACACUGGCUAAGUUCUUGCAUGAGCACAGGAGUUGAAUGCUGUUUUAUUCUUUUCCUCA